AAGCUCCGGAAAAAGCGGCAAAUUUGAAAACAACGGCUGCUGUGUUCUAGCUGGAUAGCCGGCAUGGACACAUCAACUCGUUUCUUUGCGAAGUUGCGGAGUCUGGCAGUAACAUUAGAAACAGAGAGAACAAACCUUGAACAUACUGCCAGCCAGAACCUGGACGAGGAUGAAGGAUUUUGUAUAGAUGAAGUGAAAAGUGGGGCAGUCAGAGCACUACAUGAGCUCCAUUCUGAGGUUAGAGCACUUAAGAGGCAGUUUCAAAGUCAAGUGGCAUCUCAGGAGGAUGGAAGUAUUGAGCUGAGGAGCUUUAUUAAAGCCUGCAUGAUGCUGAAACAGCGGACCACAGAGGACAUUGAAAGAAUUCAAAGACAUUAUGAAAAAUAUGGGUAUAAACAACUAAAAGGAAGCGUUACAGCAGAGGUGAAUGUUAAUAGUGAAGCAGAUACAAGAUCUCAUCUACAUAAUGAGCUGGAGACCGGGUCAGCUGAGACGGUGGCAGGAGAUGAGAAAAAGGAGGUCGAAGCUCUGGAGUGUGAAACACCUGUGAAGACGCACGCUCCAGCUGAUGACCUAAUGCGCACUCCUCAACUGUCUGAUUUUGGCUUGUCCUCACUUCACCUGCAAAUGAUGCUUGGUAAUACAGAACUUGCUCAUGAAGUAGUUCCAGCUGUGGCUCUUACACCACCACCACUUGUCAUGACUAUGCAGGAAUUUCAGCCAAAAACACCCAGGUGCUCUCUGCGCAUGGAUGAAGAUGCCCUUACCCCUCGACUAGAAGACUUUGGAAUUACGGAGAACACAAUGUGUUUGAACAAUGACUUUACAAUGGACUUGUUUCGUAAGAAACCACCAAGGGACAGACAGACGAACAGUGAAACACGAGAAACUGCACAAAGACCACCACACAGCCUCCCUACUCCUCCAUCCUGUGUUGCACCUGGAAGUCUUUCAAAUGAUAGCAUGGAAUCCCCAGAAGUUCCAGUGUUUUCUACUUUCGAUUUUAAGAUAAAUAAACAUCUGGGUUCAUCGGUUACUACGCCUAACAGAACGGAUGAUCCUCAGUCUCCUACUCGGUCUAGUAAUGCAGCUGCUACCCCUGAGCUUCCUGCAUUUGAGACACCAUACAUCAGCAAGCUCAUCAGCGCCAAAAAGGAGACCAAAAACAAUGAGAGGGAGAAUCAUACAAGCUCAAUGAAUAGCAUAUCUGACUCCUCUGAGUGCCCUGUCAGAGUUUCUUCAUCAGAUGUGCGACCGGUUCCAGUCAGCCUUGCUCAGAAUGAGGAUGUCACACCUGAGAUGCCACGACUGCAGUCCUUUUUCGGCAGCUCUUUACCAUGUAUAGGAGGACCUAAUCAGUCAGCCUUAACUGAACCAGCAGCACCUGUGUUGCAAACUGAUGAUGAGCCCACUCAGGACUGGUGUCUGGCCACCCCACGUGUCCGCAUGGAGUUUGGAUUAGAGCCACGGACGCCGGAGAUGCCCGAUAUGAGCUCCAUCACACAGGAUAUCUUCAAACUUGUCUCUCAAGCAAAUAAACAAGCCCCUACUGCAGUGGUUCAGCCAAGCUCAAAGGCUAGUGUGCAGGCAUUGGCACAUGGAAAGGAGAACAGAGCUCAGUGGGUUGCUCAGGUGUCAGAAAAAGAUUUUAAUGGAUUAGCCUCAUACAUGACACAGAUCCCACUUCCCAGUCUGAAUCUAGCAAUCAAAAAAAUUAACCAAGUCCUUGAGGAGCGACGCAGAGAUGGUGAGCCCAAUUUUGCUGAAUUUCAUAUGGAAGAUUUAAGAAGGGUAUUGGAGGCAGGGCCCCAGGCUCCCAUGUACAUUCUGUGCCUUGUCGAGCUGAAGCGCUUGGAGAAUGUGCAGGGCUUUGGAAGAAAUGCAACUUUUAAGGUCCUGUCCAAGGUGUAAAAAAUGUGAAGACUUUUUAAAUUAACACUAAUAAUGACAGGAUGAGUAAACAAAUACUUAUGUAAUAUUUUGCCAAGUUAAUUUUUGGGUGUACACAUGAAUUUUAACACAUUGUCAGAGCAAAGAUUUCAUAUUACCAGUGACCCUUCCCAUUUUAUUGGUCAUACAAAACUAUUAUUUUUCCAGCAGUAUUUUGAUAAGUUUUUAGUAUGUUAUGUGCUUUAGUGUAGUAGCAAAUGUAUAUUAUGCUAAUAAAA